AUGGGAAGAUGGAGAGACAUCGACAAGCUCCUCGCUCGACCUAGAAACAUAAUCUCCCCUGGCAUUUCUAAUAAGUUUGUGCAAUGCACUCUGCAAACUUCUUUUUUCUUCCAGGAGGAGGAGGGAUUGGGGUCGGAGGCUCGGAGCCCUUUGUUUGAUGGGGAGAGUGUUUUGAAGAUUUGGAACUUAAAUAAGUUUGGCGGCGUUGUCGGAGUUUUCAACUGCCAAGGAGCAGGAUGGGAUCCUAAAGUACGCAAAUUCAGAGGCUACCCUCAAUUCUACAAGCCAGUCUCAGACUCUGUUCAUCCAAACAACAUAGAAUGGGAUCAAAAGAAAGAAACAUCUCAUAUGGGCGAAGCUGAAGAAUAUGCAGUACAUCUCAACCAAGCAAAUAAACUUUUCCUAACCACCCCAAAAUCCAGCCCUACCCAAAUCACAAUUCAGCCAUCAUCCUUUGAAAUCUUUAGUUUCAUACCGAUAAAAAAUAUAAGUCACCGAAACUUAAAGUUUGCACCGGUUGGUUUAGUGAACAUGUUUAAUAGUGGAGGGACUAUUGUUGAGGUCGAGCAUGAUGGGGAUAGUGCAAGAGUUAGGGUUAAGGGGAAGAGGAGUUUCUUGGCGUACUCUAGUGGGAGGCCGUUAAGGGGAAUGGUGGAUGGAGAUGAUGUAGGGUUUGAUUGGUCUGAUGAUGGGAGCUUGGAGAUGGAGGUUGACUGGGAGGAAGAUAAAGGUGGCAUGUCUGAAGUUUGCUUUGUCUAUUGAGUUUGUCCUUUGUUGUGAAACGGUUGUACUUAAAAGAAUGAUCAAAGUUGUGUUGUUAACAUUUGAACAAUUUGCCAACCUCUUUUAAUGUGGCUAUAUUCAAGGUUUAGAUUUGUACCAUCA